AUGCAGUACUCCAUCGUCUUCACCUCGGCCCUGGCCGCCUUCUUCACCGUGAACGCUAUGCCUACUCCCCAGGGGGUUCUCGGCGGUCUUCUCGGAGACGGCGGUUCCAGCGACAACUCUGGUGAGGCCAGCGGCAACGCUGGACUAGGUGGCUUGCUAGGCGGUCUGGACGGCAGGGACGCCGAAGCUUCAAACGCGAAGCGCAGCCCCCAGGGCGUUCUCGGCGGCCUGCUCGGCGAUGGUAGCUCGAGUGGCGAGUCUGGCGAGGGCAGCGGCAACGCUGGACUAGGAGGCCUCCUGGGUGGUCUGGACGGCAGGGACGUCGAGAAGCGCAGCCCUCAGGGAGUACUCGGUGGCCUGCUUGGCGACGGCGGCUCCAGCUCCAGUGACGAGCCUGGCGAGGCCAGCGGCAACUCUGGAGUUGGAGGUCUCCUCGGCGGCUUGACCGGCAAGCGCAGCCCUCAGGGAGUCCUCGGCGGUCUUCUCGGCGAUGGCAGCUCCAGCGGGUCCUCCGACGAGUCUGGCGAGGCCAGCGGCAACGCUGGACUCGGAGGUCUUCUCGGCGGCUUGGAUCGCAAGCGUAGCCCCCAGGGAGUACUCGGCAGCCUCCUCGGUGACGGCAGUUCCAGCGAACAAGGCAGCGACUCUGAGAGUGGCAACGCUGGACUCGGUGGUCUUCUCGGCGGCUUGGAUCGCAAGCGCAGCCCCCAGGGAGUUCUCGGUGGCCUUCUUGGUGAUGGCGGUUCUAGCUUCGAGAAUGGUGGUGGCAGCGCUAGUGGCAGCGCUAGUGGCAGCACUGGUAGCAGCACUGGUGGCAACGCCGGAGUUGGCGGCCUCCUGGGUGGCCUGGACGGCGACGAUGAUGGACACAUCACGGCCUAA